UUCUGGCUUCAUUGUGUAAAUGCAUGGCGUUUGGAGGGUCAGCUGGAAGUCAAUAGCUGCAACAUCAGUCAGCGGCGGCAACACAAUAAACACGCGGGUCCGAAUAUUCGUGAUAUGACGUAAUAAUCCAAAUAUUAUUACUGAAAAAAUGUUGCCCUGUCUGAUAUUUGCGUGCGUACGGAAAGGCGUGAGCACACGUACAGAGCCGAAUACUACAGGCUUUUGUUUCAUGCUGUGUCCUUACUAUGCGGUCAUUAGACAUCCAGCUCUUGGUCUGGGUGCAUUUUCUCAAUGUCAAGGCGAGGCUUGUAGCCCCGUCUCCAUGUUCCAGUGCGGGAUUGCUGCUAACAACAGCACGAGCCUGGAAACGAGUGCACGAGACUCUCACAGGGCGCAUUCAGUGCAUAUGUCUAUGGCUUAGGCUAUACCAUUUAGGGCUUUCAUGACUGAUGGGUUUGAUAUUAGGCAAUAGCAAUUAGUUACAGUUUACUUCUGACAUUAUAUUGUGAUAUCAUUUUCCUUGGUCUGAGGGACCAGAUAAAAUGAGAAGUAGUUUCUGAUUCCGGUUUACAAGCGGAGAGAUGAUGCUGACACGCUGCUGGUCGUCACGUGUGACCUGCAGUCCCGAUAAAGGUUAACGCGGGUGUUAGUGUUUGUCGAGCCAGCCCGUUAACCCCUUCUUUCCCCGCGGAGAACGAGCCUAAAGCCCCGGGGAGAACUAGCCUAAAGCCCCGGGGAAGACCUAGCCUAAAGCCCCGGGGAAGACCUAGCCUACAGCCCCGGGGAGAACUAGCCUAAAGCCCCGGGAAGAAUUAGCCUACAGCCCCGGAAAGAAUGAGCCUACAACCCCGGGGAGAACUAGCCUAAAGCCCCAGGAAGAACUAGCCUACAGCCCCAGGAAGAACUAGCCUACAGCCCCCGGAAAGAAUGAGCCUAAAGCACCGGGGAGAACGAGCUUACAGCCCCGACACCUCCCCUUGCUUAUGGUGUGACUGUUGGCUUUGGCUGAAGGAGAAGUGACCGCCCGGAACUUUUGAACUAAACACACAGGAACCAGACAUUAAAGGCAAAACCACCUGAACUGGCAGCGUUUUCCUGACUCAGUCUUCAGACGGUUCUUCUUAUACUUCUAUAGCACACCCCUGGACAGACCUCCUUCUAACACAUAGCCAUCUGGAGGCACAGAUAGAGGUUGCACCCCUCCCCGCUGUCUGACAAGCUGAGACAGACUGAGUGACCUACAUCCUGCAAUACGCCUUGAGCACUGGAGUCUGUCUCUGCCAGCUUAUUAACAUAGCCUUGUUGAAAAGCGAGAAAAAAAAUGAAAACAAGCAAAAAGAACAGGUCAUAGUGGCCCUAAGCUAAUAGUUUCACAUUCUUGAGACUUCAAGAAUUUUUCUCCUUUUUCUGCCCAGUUUGUCCCAUUGGCUGUUGGAGUGGCUGGUUUGGGAGUUCACUGGAUGAUUAACAUUAGUUAAAUGCAGGAAACUGUCACAGAGGCUCACUUAUUCUUGAUCUUUUUAGCCAAUCUGGACACUUAACAAAGAUUAUUGAUUAUUAUUAUUAUUGUUAUUUAGGAACUUCAGCAAAAUCAAUGAGGUUGACCCCAACUGCAGCUAAAAUACCUUAUACGAUUUUUGCCGAUCCAGCUACUUAGUACAACAUUCAAGACUACUAAAAAGAGGGAGACCUUACAGCCAUUUUUAUAACCACCUUUCCCCUCUACCCUAUCCCUUAUAUUCCCAUCAGUAAGCAUUUCUGAUGGUGGCAAGAAGAUUCCAAACUGGAUUCCUCUAAAGAAUAAUGGAAAGCCCACAAAGCCCAGCAAAUUCCAGUGUAGGCAAAACCAUAGAGAAUAAAGAAACUUUCUCAGGCUAUAACAACACUCUUCCUUCACCUAAGGGCAACCCUCGUUCUGUCCGCCUUUUAAAAGCCAAGCCAAACAUGACCUGCCGGCGCAAGCGUGAGUUUAUCUCUGAUGAGAAGAAAGAUGCCUCCUACUGGGAGAAACGCCGCAAGAACAACGAAGCAGCUAAGCGUUCCCGGGAAAAACGGAGACUCAAUGACAUGGUUUUGGAGAAUAGAGUUAUUGCACUGAAUGAUGAGAAUGUACGUCUAAAAACAGAACUCCUGCAGCUGAAACUCAGAUUUGGCCUCAUCAGUGCAGCCUCCUACAUGGAGAAGAGCCAGCAAAUUGGAGGAACAAUGAAUGGAACUUCUGCAUGCUCUUCCUCUUCUUCCAGUCAUUUCUACCCUAAUGGCUACUCUAGUGGCUCCCAAGUGAUGAACUCUGACUCCUCAGAGGCUGAGCAGUCUGUCCGGGGUGAGGGACUUGCCCAGUUAGUUAAGUACUCUCCUCGAGGUUCUCUCUCAGAUAUGUCUGAUGGUUCUUCCCGUGACAGUCCAGAGCCAAUGAACUAUGAUAUCAAGCAGGAAGGGCCAGGGAUAGAUAUGGACAUUGCAAACAGCACGACCACACCAAUUAUGUUUAAUAUCCGUCGUGAGUUGUCCACAUCACAUCACCAACAUACCUUUCAAUCAGGAUAUCACAGCCACCAACAACAGCAUCAUCACCAAGAGACUGUAGUCAGUGCUGCUGCACCUCCAGUGCAGACUGCUCAAAGAAGUGUCAUCCUGUAUCGCUCUAGCAGUGUCUCGUAUCCUGUAGAGCGUUCAAGACCUCAGGAAAUCACUCAACAGAAACUGCCACAGAUCCUACUCCAACCUACAGAGGGAUCUACCAAAGGCACUGAAAGCCUGUCAGAGGCAACCAGUCAGCAUGAAAGUAAGACUUUAGACACUCUGCCUUAUGAAUACUCCGAUGGAGAAGCAGCAAUGAAACAAGCAUACAGGGCCCAACAUCAGCAGCUUGUGGCUAGUUGUCAGAAGGCUGAGACUAUGGCACCAGACCUUUGCAGACAAGGGGGUGAAGAGCUGUACCACUAUGACAGCCCACAGGAUGAGGAGCCUCCAGUACUGAGUUAUGAAGGAGGUCCCAGGAAAGAAGGGUACUAUCAGGGUCACUCAGGAAAGGACACCUCCUUAAGUGAUGGUGAUCCCCGCAGUUCUGACAAAGAUGCAUCCACUGAUGAUGAGUGCCCAUCUUCUUUUUGUUCUGAAACUGGCAGUUAUCACCAGCAAUCCCCUUUGGCUGGAGGGCCAAAUUCCUCCCCACAAAGCCAAAGUAGAGACAGUCAAGCAGAGGUCAAAGGUACAGCACUACCGCACAAACUACGCCUUAAGCACAGAUCUCUGAGUAAUGCUGGAUCAGCAACUCAAGAAUCACCAACUACACCACCAGCACAUGUGCAUCCAUUACCUCAGCACCCUUACCUGGCUUUGCCUCAGUCCAACCAGCAACUUCAGGUUGGUUGAGAAAGGGUGAGCCAGGGGUUAAGGGCCAGCCAACCCCAGAGUUCUGCAAGCAGGCCACUUCGACAGAGGAAAGAAGGACAGAUUAUGGAAAGAACAUCCUGAUGUAUGCAAUAGCAUGAAUAAGAGGCAUGACUAAGAGUGAGGGACACUACGGGACCCACUGUGGUAGUAUGCAAACAGACAUAUCCUUUAGCCUCUUCCCACCUGGCAUUGGUGUGCAUUGGGAGCAGAGACAUAGAUAUAGAAAUGUCAGUCCCAAAAGCAGACAGAACUUCUGGGUAAACUGUAUUAUACUGUAAAGACUGCUUUGUUUCUGUAUCUCAUCCCAUAAUUACAAAAGCACUUGUGCAGCAAAUGAGUGGCGUGAACGAACUGUUCACAUUUUUCCCAAUCACAAUUUGUUAUAACAUGAUGUCAAGGUAACAGCAAGCAUGGCAAUAGCAACCAUUUGUGAGGCAUUCUAAUCUACUCACUAACUGUACCUACUGGUUUGUGUCCAUUUUUAUACCAAAUCAGAGGCUAGCUGUUCAACACAAAACAUAUCAAAACAUCUGAGCAUUCUGGGAUUAUUCCCUUGACCAAAGAAAGACAAUAGCUUUACAUUUCAUACCUCUGUCAUACAUUUUUUUCAUUUUCCAUAUUCACAGUCCCAGACACUUUCUCUUGUCCAAGCACUUGGUUUGUAUAUUACUGUGAUAUAAUUAUUAUAUAUAAAUAUAUAUUUUAAGAAUAAAAUCAAGUUUUUUUGGAAAAAAAGAAAAAAUUACAAGGGCAAAAAGGAUUUAGAUGACUCACUAAUUUGUCAAAAAUACUGUAUAGUAUCAUUGUGUUUACUGUUCAGGUGUCAUUUAAGUACCUUUUUUGAUUGUUUAAUUGUUAUUUUAAAAGUUCUCAUUGUUUUCAGCAACUUACCUUUUUAAAGUAAUCAAAAUGCCCCAAAUUGUUAAAAAAAAACAACAAA